AUGAGGAGAGAAGAUGCUUAGGAUGAUACUAUUCAUGAAGUUUUAUCUAAUUAUGAAUAUUUUAAGGGAGAGGUUGCUAAAGGGAUGAAAUACGGAAAGGGAGAAUUGAGAUUUAAAAAUUAAAAUUAUUUUAUUGGAACAUUGAUUGAUGAUUUAAUUUGUGGAUCUGGAAUUUUUUAUUAUUAAAGUCAUGGUGUUGAAUGCAUAUGGAUGAAUGAUAAAUUCAUAGCUGAACAUUGA